GCACUCUUCUUCUUCCUCCGACCAUACAAUUAGUUAAGUACGUCCUUUCCACUGCAAGAACCAUAAUCCGUGAAGAUGUCACCGGAAAAGUGGUCCUCAUCACCGGAGCAUCCUCUGAUAUCGGCCAGGUAUGCACCACAUCUGGCUUACGAGAAUGCAAGCAGUGGAGCUUGUUUGGCACUUGUUGCCAGAAAAGAGGACCGUCUCCGCGAAGUCGCCGCUAUAGCACAGAUUAUAGGCUCUCCUCGUGCCAUUUUCAUCUCCUUGUUUGAAGAUUUUGAUGAUAUAACUAAUGCUGUCCCAGUUAUGGAUCAAAUCACUUUCCUGCCAUUAGUGUCAGCUGAGAAUUGUGCCAAGGCAAUAGUUGAUGGUGCCUUUCGAGGAGAGAAAUACCUGACAGUACCAUCUUGGGCUGAGGUGACAUUGCUCUGGAAGGUGCCUUGGCCUGAGAUACCAGAAUGGUGCAACCGCUUGCUUUUAAUAACCAGAGCUGGCACUCCACAGAGAGAAGCAGCUAGCAAGUAGAUCCUGCAUCUAACAACUACAAUGAAGGAAAAUCUAUCCA